AUGAUAGGGAAUGAGAUUCAUAUUGUACAAUACCAUCCCCCAAUAAACUGGGGGCUUUUAAAGAACGAUUUGAUAUCAAGGAGAUUUACCAACAAAACUCUCGAAAGGUACUUACUUAACUUCAUUUAUCCAUUUGUUUCUUGUAAUAACAGAACAAUUGAUAGUUUAUCUAGAGUUUUCUCUCGAAUAAUUUCUAAUGAAUUUCAAAGUAACGUUUUUUUGAGAAAGUAUGGUUUUUUUGUCUCUAGUAGACUAAACGAAAAAUUAUAUAAAAUCGAUGUAUCAUUAAGUUCUAGACAAAUUUAUCAGUAUGUAAUGGAUUUGUGGCUAAAGUCAGAUAAGGAAUUUGAAUCCAUUUCUUCUCAUGUUACAAGAAAUGAAAUUAAAAAAAGUUCCCAACAAGAUAAAGAACAAGUAUUGCAUAGCCAACUAAAUACUAGUUUUAUUAAUAUAUUACGUAACAUCAUAAAGAAAUGCGGUGAUGUAAAUAAAAAUAUUACUAUUUGGAGUAUAAUACCAGAAAAUAAUUUGGAGUUUAAAUCCGCAUUUGAAUUAAUUGAAGAUGAUACAAUGACUAUUAAAAUUAUUGAAGGGUUAUUAAACAUAUGUUUUAAUGACUUGCAAAGAGAAUUUUUUAACCUGAGAAAUGUUAAAAUAAACUUGAUUUUAAUAAUUAAUUAUUCAAAGGCAUUUCUUUCUUUAAAAAAUGAUAAAAGACCAAUUAUUGUCACAAACCAAAGCAAUAACCAAAUCAAAAUAUCAUGUCUAGAUUCAAGAUGCCUGCUAAGUUAUUCAGAUGUGAUAAUAGCGAAUUCACUCAAUUUGUUAACACUAAGGUUGAACUUUUCAAGCCUAUUCUUUAGUGGUAAUCCCAUUUUAACGUUCUUUGCUGAAAAAAAUAAUUAUCUACUAAAUUAUCUUGAUAAAAAUACUUAUAAUAAUGAAUACAUUGGUAGAGACAUCGAUUCAGAAGGUUUAUCCGACUCUGAAGAAGGGGAGGUAAUAGAACAAGAGAAUAUUAUCACGAUUAUGGAAGAUGAAUUUAAAAAAAAGGGAUGGAUUAAAUUGGUUGAUAACAUUUCUAUGAAAAUAAUGGGUAUUGUACCUCCUCACUGGAAUCCAACCGCUAUUAAACUAUUUCCUCUAACAUCUCCGGUUGGAAGAAACAGUCUUAAGUUAUUAAAAGAAGUUUAUUUUUCUUUAAAUCAUGGAAGUUUUUUAUUAGGAACAAACGAUAUACCUUUUGCUGCAUUAAUCAUCAACUUAUGUAACACGAAAACUAAAAAUUAUGAUGGAAGUAUUAUAAAGAGUGAUUUUAUUAAACAAAUAAAUGAAAUUAAAUAUUCAUAUGGCAAUGAACGUGUUAUCUCUAGCUUGAAGAGGAAUUUGUUUAAUUUGGUAAUAAUUAACCGCAAACCUAUCAUUCCUAUACCUAUUUCUAGAAAAUUUCAUUGCGAAUAUAAAAUUAACAUGAUGAGUAAUAUUAAUAUUUCACAAAUAAAUGAUAAAUAUAUUUUAUUUGUUACAAGUCAAUUUCAAGAGUUAUUUCACCGAGUUAAAUCAGCCGUAAAUCUUAAUAUUCAUAUUAAAGAAAAUAGUUAUUCUAUGGUUAAUUCUCGUAAUUUACAAAAAAAAAUCAAAUAUCCAGAUAGAACUUUAAUUAAGAAAUUAAACUUCAGCAAAGACAUUUGUAAUUUAAUUAAAAUUAAAAUGAGUGUACUACCUUCCUUACUCACAGAUUUCGACUAUUUUAUCUCUAAACAAUUAAAGAACCAAGGUGAUACAUACAGUUUAAAAGACUCUAUAACAAAUUUGGGAGAUGAGAAAGGACAUUUUGAAUCAAAAUUCUGCAUUAGGAAAUCAAAAUUGAUAGAUCUCACCUUUCCAAACAUUAAUGGAAUUGAUAGAAAAGUGAUUUUUACAAGUUUUUUGAGUUCAAAAAUAAAUAAUUCCCAGCCAAAUAAAAUUCAAGAUCUUCAGACAUUAAUUUCUAAAGUUGAAACUUAUUUUUCUCUAUUGCUAGGUGAAUUUUCAAUGAAUGGUUGUUUGUUCAAUUGCAAUGGAAUUAGUUCGGAAACGAUUGAUUUCAUUAUUUCUGAUAGGGAAUUAGUUAAGCAAAGUGUGCCAAAAUUAUUUUGGCUAUCGGUUUGCUUUCUUAUGAAUUCAAUGAAAUUUGUUUCAAGAGAACACCAACGUUUAUUUUAUAUAAUAAGUAAUGGUAAGGAUUUUGAACUUUCUAUUCAUCUAGAAAUUCCUUAUUAUAAAAAUGAUAAUUUAUUUCAAAUUAGUGAAUUGAAUGAUUAUACAACCCAAAGUAGUUAUUUUGUCAAAACUUUAUCGAAAAUUGAUCAAUUUAGUGAAUCUAAUUCAACAAAUUACUGCAAGAGGCUGAAUUUCGAAUAA